AUGACUGUGAAUGCCACCGGAGCGUCAUGUAAAGGAAGAGAUCAACUUCGGCAACAUCAUCAUGAUAGAUUGGUUGAGCAAUUGGAGAAGGUGGAGAUAGUCAGUGGUAAAGGAAAAAAUCAAGAAUCCAGUUUAGCACGACCCGGGGAUACUCGUUGGGGAUCGCAUUACACUACAAUUCUCCGGCUAAUUUCUAUGUGGACCUCAAAUUUAGAGGUACUCCAAAAUGUGCAUGAUGAUGGGGCUUCUAGUAAUAAUAGAGACAUAGUGGCAAGUUUGAUUGACAAAAUGGAGAAUUACCAGUUUAUAUUUGUGAUGUACUUGAUGAGGCGUUUAUUGGGGAUGACAAAUGAGUUGUCACUUGCGUUACAACAAAAAGACCAAAAUAUUGUUCAAGCCAUGCGAUUGAUUGAAGCGGUGAAAGCUCGUCUUCAACAUUUUAGGGAGACAGGAUGGGAGGAGUUUUUGGAAGAAGUUACCUCUUUUUGUAAGGGUAACUCAAUUGAUGUGCCUAAUAUGGAGGAUAAUAUGCCAAUUCGUGGUCGUUCUAGGCGGGAAGGACAAUUUAUUACUCAUUUUCACCAUUAUCGUGUAGAGAUUUUUUGUGAGGUUAUUGAUUUGAUUUCUCAAGAAAUGCUCAACCGCUUUCCUGAAGCUAGCACGGAGUUACUUCUUUUGGUAUCAUGCCUUGAUCCUAGGGACUCAUUUUUUAAAUUCAACAUCCAUAAGCUACUCCGUCUUGCAGAGUUGUACCCUGAAGACUGCUCAGGGACUGAACGUAUGAUGCUUGAGGAUCAAUUUGCUACUUUCAUUUAUGAUGUGCGACAUGAUGAUGAUUUUGCAAAUAUCGGGGACUUGGGAGGUUUUGCUAUAAAGAUGGUUGAUACCGGCAAAUGUACUAUUUUUCCCCUCGUUUAUCGUCUUAUUGAGCUGGCAUUGGUUUUGCGAGUUGCGACAGCUAGUGUUGAGAGGACAUUUUCGGUAAUGAAUAUUGUGAAAUCUGACUUGCGCAACAAAAUGGGAGACGAGUGGAUGAAUGAUAGCAUGAUUGUCUAUAUUGAGAAAGAGGUUUUUGCAACUAUUGACAAUGAGACAAUCCUACAAUGUUUUCAAAAAAUGCAAACUCGCCGUAUUCAGUUACCACCUUUAAGUAGCAUGCGUCGCACAGAUGACAGUUUUAGCUUGAGUGUGCAUAGAUAA